GUCUCCGAGCGGCAGUCUGUUUCUGGAUUAGCGCCACAGUUCCCACACUUGCCCCGCCAUCCACACACACAUGAAAACCCCCUGGCGCUCCAAAUUUCCGUCUCGCAACAACUCCAGAUUCCGCAGCUUUCUCGCCAACGACGCAAAAAACCACACCUUUCGAAGAAAUUCUAAAGGAAGACGGUCAAAAUGUCCAAGAUCACCGUCGCCGGUGUGCGUCAGAACGUUGCUGAGCUGCUCGACUACAGCAACAACACGAAGAAGCGCAACUUCCUGGAGACUGUUGAGCUCCAGAUUGGCCUCAAGAACUAUGACCCCCAGCGUGACAAGCGGUUCUCGGGCACCGUCAAGCUGCCGACCAUCCCCCGCCCGAACAUGAGCAUCUGCAUUCUGGGUGACCAGCACGAUAUCGACCGUGCCAAGCACGGCGGUGUCGAUGCCAUGAGCGCCGACGACCUGAAGAAGCUCAACAAGAACAAGAAGCUCAUCAAGAAGCUGGCUCGCAAGUACGACGCCUUUAUCGCUUCCGACGCCUUGAUCAAGCAGAUCCCCCGUCUGCUGGGUCCUGGUCUCUCCAAGGCCGGCAAAUUCCCCACCCCCGUCUCGCACGCCGACGACCUCUCCAACAAGAUCAACGAGGUCAAGUCGACGGUCAAGUUCCAGCUGAAGAAGGUGCUGUGCAUGGGUGUCGCUGUCGGCAACGUCGGCAUGACCCAGGAGCAGCUGGUCGCCAACAUCAUGCUGGCCAUCAACUACCUGGUCUCGCUGCUGAAGAAGGGCUGGCAGAACGUGGGUAGCCUGACCAUCAAGGCUACCAUGUCGCCUCCCAAGCGCCUCUACUAAGCGGGGUGGUGGAUGCGUGAACAAAAAUGCCUAGGGGUCGGUCUCAACUCGGCGGGGCAAAGCACGGAAGCAUCGAUAACUGAGGUGGUUAGUCGUUGCUUCGUCAUGGCUACCAUGCCAGUCUAAUCGUCUCCAACUCGUUGGGGCCGAUGGGAAGGAUUGGGAUCGUCCUCGGGCACACAGGGCGUAGCACGAUAGCAUUAUUAAUGAUAUCAAUGUUUGCUCUGUGAAUGAUGUCCAUGGUGUUAGAUUACCUAG